CGAAACCCUUGUUGUUCGUUCAAUCAUUUCUAACCCUGCUAGCUUUCGGAACAGGUUCGAUAGGGUUAAUAAGAAAGAAACCAUGUCCGAUAAUCAACAGCUCCAGCUGUCACUUGUUGUCCAGAAGAUGACGUCCGCCAGCUACUCCAAGCUCCCACAGGACCUUUUCCACGUCCGAUACGCCGGCAGCCCGGAGGAACGUUGCCUACGGCAACUACUCGAACCCUGCAAUAACGACGGCGCAUGGAGACGUGUGUGUCCAGGCGCCGUCGGAGAAAGGGCUGGCAGGUUUCGCCACCGAUUUCCUCAUGGGCGGGGUCUCUGCGGCGGUGUCCAAAACCGCCGCGGCUCCGAUCGAGCGCGUGAAGCUGCUGAUCCAGAACCAGGAUGAGAUGAUCAAGGCCGGGCGGCUGUCGGAGCCGUACAAGGGGAUCGGAGACUGUUUCUCGAGGACGAUGAAGGAUGAAGGGAUGAUGUCGCUGUGGAGAGGGAACACUGCUAAUGUCAUCCGUUAUUUCCCCACUCAGGCACUGAACUUCGCCUUCAAAGAUUACUUCAAGAAGCUCUUCAACUUCAGGAAGGACCGCGAUGGCUACUGGCCGUGGUUCGCCGGAAACUUGGCCUCCGGCGGUGCAGCUGGCGCGUCGUCGCUCUUCUUCGUCUACUCCCUGGACUAUGCCAGAACCCGCCUGGCCAACGACGCCAAGGCCGCCAAGAAAGGUGGUGAGAGGCAGUUCAACGGCCUCGUCGAUGUGUACAAGAAGACGAUGGCGACCGACGGCAUUGCCGGACUCUACCGUGGGUUCAACAUCUCCUGCGUCGGGAUCAUCGUCUACCGUGGCCUCUACUUCGGCAUGUACGACUCCCUCAAGCCUGUUGUCCUCACCGGAAGCCUCCAGGAUAGCUUCUUCGCGAGCUUCGCACUCGGCUGGCUCAUCACCAACGGCGCCGGCCUGGCCUCCUACCCGAUCGACACCGUCCGCCGGAGGAUGAUGAUGACCUCCGGCCAGGCCGUGAAGUACAAGAGCUCCAUGGACGCCUUCUCCCAGAUCCUGAAGAACGAAGGCGCCAAGUCGCUGUUCAAGGGCGCCGGCGCCAACAUCCUGAGGGCCGUUGCCGGAGCCGGAGUGCUCGCCGGAUACGACAAGCUCCAGAUGAUCGUGUUCGGGAAGAAGUAUGGCUCCGGUGGAGCUUAAGAGAAAGGACAAAGAAUAAACCCCAAUUUUGAAGAUUCAGCAUCCAUGCUGAAAAAUUAUGUUUCUUCCCCUUUUACAUAGGGACUAGUUAAAUGCCCUUAAUUAUAUCCUCUCUAGAUUGAUCCUAUUUCAUAACCUAGGUUGAAGUAGUAUACUUCUCAUAUAUAUAUCAAAUAUAAAUUUGAUGCUUAAUCUUUUUUUAUGUUUUGGUUGUGCUAUUCUUUGUAAACUUUAUUUUUUUAUAGGGGAUUAUGACCCCAAGGUUGAAUUCAUAAUGGAUUCCAUGUUAUCAUUUGUCAAUUUGAUUAUAGCUUUACCUAACUACUAUAUAUUGACUUCUUAUUUAAAAGAGUGUUAGUUUAGCACUAGAUUUGUUAAGUACUAAAAGAUUUAUAGGAAUAGAAGAUCCGCUCCC